UUACUUAUUAUCAAUCAAGCCCAUUAAACUUAAUAGGCCCAAUUUCUCUGAUUCUUCAAAUGCCCGUUCGGCGUAGCAGAGAGUCAAAGAUGAUGACGCAAGAGUUUCAGGCUUUCCGCCGUCGUACCUGGUGGUGCCCCUGCACAGUAUGAACUUGAAGUACAAGCUCCAGCCAAUAGCAUCCAUGGAUUUCAACCACUUUACCGCGACCCAGAGCUGCGCUGGAGAGCUACCAUUGGCCCUUCAACGUUAUAUAAACAUUGCAUUCAGCUAGAUUCAUGGCUGCGGCAGUUUCUCCGCUCACCCAGUUUUUUAAGUGUUUGGCGACUGGCUGCACAAAGAGACUUCGACUUCCACCAGCUUUCUGUAGAAAUCUAAGUGAAAAGAAACCAAAAACAGCACUUAUUAAAAGCUGUUUGGGAUACUGGGAUGUCAAAGUCGGUAGGAGCGGUGAUGGAAAGCUUGCUUUUGAAGAAGGUUGGGAAGAGUUUGCGAAGCGUAAUGGCUUAAAAGAAGAGGACAUUGUAGUUUCUGAACACAAAGGAGACAUGGUCUUCAAUGCGGUUGCCUACGACUCUGGCGGAUGUGAAAAAAAGUAUCCACCUGAUUCCGGUGUAGCUGCCAACAGGAUGGCAACUUCCUCUAAGGCGCGGAGCAAUAAGCAUCAUCGCGGUUCCAAAGGAAAAGGGCUUUUGAAAACAACAAAAUGGUUAACGUCGGCGAAACUGUUCAAGAUAAAAAUGGCGAAAACCCAUGGGUGCGUUAGCAAGGCCUAUGUGACCAUUCCUGCACGGUUUGCAAGAGAAAACGGCCUUCAUAGCAUAUCGAAAUUGAUUCUCAAUGAUCCGCGUGGAAGAUUAUGGCCGGUGAGCCUAGGUCGUUGGGGAAGCAGAGUGAAGGCUGUUGAUCAUCGUCUAGCCAUAAAUACGAAGGGAUGGUACAAGUUCUAUGCAUCCAACAGUCUCAAGGAAGGUGAGGUCUGCUUAUUCAAGCUCAAACGGAUGUCCAGGUCGAUUUCAACAGCUUUCAUGGACGUCGAGAUAACCCCCCGCAGAUCGGAAUCAGCAGUUGGUUUUGAAGUUUUUUGAUUUCCGACAAUGUUAUCGAGUACGUAGGGUGCCAAAGUAAUUAUCGUCAUAUUUGAUGUGUUUUCUGGAUAUUGUGAAGAUUAAACUCAUGCUGUGUGACUUGAUAACUAAAUUCUGUAUUUAAGUACUCCUUAAUUUGAGUUAUAUAAGAUUUUGAGUUUUUUUUAAGAAAUGUUUAACAAAACACUUCCGGUACUGUUCACUUUUAACGAAAAACCAUAUUUAUACAUUUUCCUGGUACUAUUCACUAUAUCUUUAAAAAAGAC